AUGUCUGAUGUGCCAGAUUUAAGUUCUGAUGAAGAACACUUUGAUGAAAAUGAGUGGCAAGAAAUGGAAACUAGCGAUGUGUCUGUAACGUGUUUAUUUUGUCCUAAUAUAUUUUCGACUAUCGAGGAAACUGUAUCUCACUGUGAAACUGUUCAUAAGUUUAAUUUAAAUAUGUUAAAAAUCAAAUUCAGUAUGGACUGUUACUCGUACAUUAAAUUAAUAAAUUACUUGAAAACUCACAAGCCGAGCUCAGACGAAAUUAUGAAUGCAGAGAAAGCUCUUUGGGAUGAUGAAAAAUAUCUGAAGCCUGUGGACAAUGAUGAAUGGUUAAUGUAUGACUUUGAUUCCAUAACUGAUAAACCAAGUUCACCUAAAACUUAUCAUGCAAAUGUUGAAAAUGGGCUAGUCACGUUAUCUCAAGCGCACUUUACGGAACUCCAAAGAACUAUACAAAACUUAACAGAGCAGUUAAAAGAAAGUCAAACUCAUCUUCAAAUGGCAAAGGAAGAUAUGGGCAAAAUGCAAGAGUCCAUGAAGACUAUUGUGGAUGGAGGUUCUGUCAAUAAUGGAGGUGAUAGCACAAUCGUAGUAGACUGUGUUUCAAAAGUUCCUUUAGAAUGUGAUGAGGGUUAUUUUAGUAGUUAUGCUCAUUUCGGCAUUCAUUAUGAUAUGCUCUCUGAUAAAGUUCGCACAGAAUCAUAUAGGAAUGCUAUUCUUAAUAACAAGGACACAUUAAAAGAUAAAUUCGUACUUGAUCUUGGAUGUGGAACAGGUAUCUUAUCAAUGUUUUGUGCAACUGCAGGGGCCAAAACAGUGUAUGCAUUGGAUCAAUCCGAAGUUAUUUACCAUGCAAUGGAUAUAAUUAGAGAGAAUAACUUAGAGAAUACAAUAAAAACAGUAAAAGGCAGGUUAGAAAAUACAAAAUUACCAGAUAAAGUAGAUAUAAUAGUAUCUGAAUGGAUGGGAUACUUUUUGCUAUUUGAGGGCAUGUUAGAUAGCGUCAUUUAUGCAAGAGAUCACUAUCUAAAACCUGGUGGCCUAUUACUGCCCAAUAAAUGCAAUAUAAGCCUUGUAGCUAAUGGUGAUGUAGAAACCCAUAAAAAGUUAAUAGAAUUCUGGUCAGAUGUUUAUGGUUAUAAAAUGAAUUGCAUGAAAUCUGAAGUGGUUCGAGAAGCAAGUAUAGAUGUAGUUCCAUCAAAACACAUAAUUUCAGAACCUUGUGUUGUAAAAGAAAUUGAUAUAUACACUUGUAAUACUGAAGUAGUUAACUUUACAUCCAAAUUUAAGCUACCAAUUACAAGUGAUGGUGUCUUAACUUCACUUGUAGGUUAUUUUGAUACAUUUUUUGAUCUACCUCAUAAUAUCUCAUUUACAACUGGUCCACAUAAGACCCCUACUCAUUGGAAGCAAACAGUUUUCUUUUUCCGAGACUGUAAAGAAGUUAAAAAGGGUGAUGUUAUUGAGGGCACCAUUACUUGUAAUAGACAAAAAACAGAUGUCAGAGCUUUAACAGUACAAAUUGAUGUAUUUGGAAAAACCCAUAAGUUUAUUCUUAGC